AUGGAUCGGGCCGUGCGCAGUGCGAUCGAUCAAGUGACACUCGACCCCGCGUGGCCCGAGGUACUCGACGUGCUCUACAGCAGUCUGGCGACAUGCGUUGCGGCGUUCGAAACCAACCCGAGCGCAUGCCAGGUUGUGCUAAGCCUUUGCGGCGAGACGUUCCAGCAGCGCUACUACCCACAAACGCGCAGCCUCGGAUACCUCGUCCACGAGCCAUACAUGUCGAACGAGACUCGUAUCGCGCUCAGCGCCCAGUUGUACCCACGGCUCCUGGCGAAUCUGGCCGACCACAUGGCGUCGACGCAAGCUUUCGAGAGUCCGUGCUUUCGCCGCCUCCAGCGCGGUCUCGAGGCGUCUCUCCACGGCGCAAUGCCGCCGACGCCCCAUGUGUCGGCGAUCCCAACGCUCCUGACCUUUCUAGCUCGGGCGUUUCUUACGCCGUCGGUGCACGACCCGGUGCUCGAUGUCCAGCAGGCGCAUAUCGAAUCGGCGCUGCUGCAGCAAGUCCGCGGACGCAGUUUGCCGCCGCCAUUGCGAACGUGGGUGUGGACAAAGUGUCUCUUGGGGCGCGCCAACGUCGACGACACGACGUGGCGCCUGAAAGCGAGCCAAACACUGCUCGGUGUGUCCGAGCCGUGGCGGUCGCCAGUGGCGCCCAUGCUUUUUCGCCUCGUGCGCGACGCCAUCCGCGACGACUACCCGCAGUUCAUGGACUGUGACGGCCAUGGGACGCUCCAAGCCCGCGUCGAAGGGCUCCUGAACCAACACUAUGUGCUCACUCGAAGCCACUCUGCGUUUUUCGUGGCGCUCGCGCUGCCGAUAGCGAUAAUGUGGCCUGAAAAGAGCGGCCGAGACGUCGACCUCUUGAGCGCCUUUGCGCGCCUUCUGGAGACCCAUGUGCACCACCCGAUACGCGGUGAUGCGGUCGCUGGCUCCCAACGCAUCUGGCGACGAUUAGCUGCGGAGCAGCCAAGGCUGUACCAGCACAUUGAAGGGGUCUUUGGCGACUUGCCUGCUGCCAAGAAGCGACUCGCGAUGCUGGAGGCGCCGAGCGAGCUUUUUGAGGUGGCUGCAAGUCAGCUUCGUGGGCUACCUCCGUAA